CAUUGAACUACUUUUCAGCCCACUCCUGUUGUCUGUUCCUUUGCCCCCCCUCAAAUUCUAUAAAUGCACAAACUCAAUGCCAUGAUUCACGUAUAGGCAGCCUAACAAGAGAUAUUUCAUCGUCAUUCAGUUUCUGUGUCUGCAGUCAAACACAGGACCAGUUUCUGCAUCCAUCCACCACCUCCAAAUCACCCUGUUUCAUAUCCCUUGCAGGUGGACCACAGGAUCUGAAAGAGGACAUCUGAAGGAGCUCCGAAGGCUGUAGAUCUUAGGACAAAGAGUCUUAUAUUGCUUGUUGGAAGUUGGUUAAGGUCAUAGUAAGUAAGGGACACAAUGGUUGCAGGCAAAGGUGCCAAAGGCCUUCUUACAGGAAAAUCCUCCACCCCUGCCCCUGCUUCUGCAAAUAAUGGUAAUAAGUCUAAUGGUAAUGACAAGGGUGAUAAGAAGAAGCCCAUCUCUCGCUCAUCUCGUGCAGGCCUCCAGUUUCCUGUGGGGCGUAUCCACCGUGUGUUAAAAUCUAGAGUGUCUGCAAAUGGGAGGGUAGGAGCAACGGCAGCAGUAUAUUCAGCAGCCAUAUUGGAGUACCUGACAGCAGAAGUUCUGGAACUGGCAGGAAAUGCGAGUAAAGAUCUCAAAGUGAAACGUAUCACUCCUAGGCAUCUGCAGCUUGCUAUCAGGGGAGAUGAAGAGCUUGACACUUUGAUCAAGGGUACCAUAGCAGGUGGAGGUGUUAUACCUCAUAUUCACAAAUCACUUAUUAACAAAUCCACCAAGAAAGAUUAGCUUUUUUUACUUUGGGUAUUGUUUACCACCAAGAAAGAUUAGCUUUUUGUACUUUGAGUAGUGUUUAACCUUUCAUUAUGAAACUUUAAAGAGUCAUGGGAUUGAUACUGGUUAUUUCAAGACUGGUGUAUUCCAGCUCCCUUUUUUUGUAAUAUGGCUUAACUUUGAUUAGUUAUUGUCACUUGAUUUCACUAUUUUGUGUGACAUUGAAUGAUAAUCUCAUUUGCUGAA